GCCGGCUCGAUUUCCGUUUGAGAAGCAUGUAGAAGGCGGAAACUGCUGCGCUCCCUUUUCGCUCUCCCCUCACUCUCUCCGUUUCAUCGAGGGUUCCAAAUCCAGUGUUCCUCGUUCCAUCAUCACCUGUUCUUCUCGGGCUCUUGGAUUUGGUCCGGAGAUGGAGCCGAUCGCUUCCGUUCUGGAUACGAUCAAGGGUUUCGUUCAAUCCGGUGAGCAAUUCGUCAAGGGCGCAUUCCAGAGGUGCUUCGAUCCCCACCGCAAGAACCCAAUAGAGAUUUUAAAGCGUUUGCAACGGGAAACAUUUUCUGAUUUGAUGAAGAUAAGAGAUAGACAAGAUAAAGUUGAACGCAUAAUUUCUUCAUUCAUGUCUGGCAAAGGAAGCCCUUUCCAUGAAGCUAGCACACAGUUGAAGGGGAUAAUCAACGUUGAUGGUGCUUUGCUUUUUCAAGAUGAUCAGCAAGCAUAUCAUGCUCUGGAUAGUUCCAGAAUAAAUACUGGCAUUGAUGCAAGGUUUACUUUUAAGAUUAAUCUUAGACAGAAAGAUGCUUUGUUUGCAGAGUUUGCAUCUCAUCAGAACACGUAUCAUGGCAAUGGAGUUACUGGCAGCCCUCUUGUACUGUCAAAAGUGAUGUAUCUGGCGAGUAUCAGUGACUCGCUGUCUGUGAUUUCAAUACCAUAUGGAGCUACUUGUAAUGAUUUCCUAUAUGAUUCAGAUCAUACACAGGGUGAGUGCCUUACUGUUAGGCCACCUUUGUUCAAUUUGUAUCAUGCCUGUGCGGUCGGCUUAUCUGUUAAAACAUCAAAUUUUGCUGCUGCUUUUGCUGAACUGUUCUCUGGUUGGAGAACAGAGAUGGGUCCUACUCGUCACAGUAAUAAAUUGAGCACGUUUGGGCAAAUAUCCUUUCAAAAUUUUGGAGAAACAAGACUCACACUGUCUGGUGUGUGGCACAUGCCAAGAUCAUUCUCUCUUCCAAUUAGGCUUUGCCGUUGCGGAUCCUGUUCUAAACCAGAUGAAAUGGAGCUAGCAUUUCCUGUCACUGGAAGGCGGUCAACAGGAAGUUCUGGUGGAUCCAUCUAUAUGUCAAUAGAUAUUGAUGAAAGUUCAAAAUUUGGGGUCUGGUUUGAGGUACAGAAAUUAAACCCAACUAUAACAAAGUGGGCUUUCUCCUUGUCUGACAUGCCAGAAAGUGAGAUUGGAUGGGGCAUUACAGUGGAAGGAAGCUCGAAAGGACAAUCUAAUUCAGUUAUGUUGGAGAGUUAUCUAAAUUUUAGUGUGGGCAAAAAAGCCAGUUUGCAGCCAGGUCUGGCCUUUAUCAUUGACGAGAGAAGUCGAGCACCUGCACUGGUGUUUCGGUCUACGUGGUCUUUUUGAAUUUUUUUUUUUGUUAAUGAAAGCAUAUCAUUAGUCAUGAAAGGUUGGAAAUUACGGUGAUUCUGAGGUUUAGUAGGCACUUAAUCCUCCUGAACCAGGUUAGACUAUUUAUUUGUUUUUCUACAGUCUUGUUUCUCUCAUAACUAUUUUGUUAUAUACUGUGAUAAAAGAAAAUAUCAGUGCAGAUGUCAUUCUUUUGUCAUACAAAAAUGUUCCAAUAUUGGAUGCCCAGGAUUUUUGUUAUUUUAGCUCAAUUCUUGUGCUAAUUGCAGAAUGCGUCACUGUUUCGUUUGAUCAAUUGUGCUCUUCUGUGAAAAUGUCAGAAAUUUUAUGCUUUUCUGUUGACCUUCUGUAUGACUGAUUUUUUAGCUUACCGAGUGUCACUGCUUUGGUAAGGCAUCUUUGGUCUUUUUGAGACUGUGCAAUGUCAAUUUAGGCAAUAAAUGAGCUUACUUUUAUUUAUUCUGCCAAGCUACCACUUGGAUACUUUUUCUUUUCCUUUUAUUUUAGCUUAAUUUAAAAGUGGCAUCUUUACAUGGAUCUGAGAGAUGGUUAUAAUUCCUUUUCUAAUCUUUUUGCGUAGUUCUUUUCAAUUAAUAACUUUUAAAUUUAUGAUUACGUGGACUUACGAUAUUCUUGUUGUUGUAUUUGCACAUCUGCAGUCCAUCACAACACUGAUACAUGAGUAGAAGUGCAAGUUCAGGCAUCAGGAAUUCUGAUAGUUUUUCUCAAAGAAUUUUGAGUUCAUGGACUGCUAGAGACUUUAAAGGAUAUGAGAUGAACUUUGUCGGGGGGAUUAAAAUUACUAUGCUGACUAUGUUAAAUAUGGUCAGUACUGUCCCACAUGGUCUGCAAGACUAUUACCAACUUCCAUUGGAAAAGUAAAUUUUGGCUAAUUAUUUUAAUCUAGCAAUUUAUAUUUUCAUUGGCAACUCUGCUCAGAUGAUGUAUUGGUCAAACCUGUGAAUUCAUUUAUAUUGCAAGUUCAAUCUCGAGUUAUAUUUUUGUUAA